AUGGAUGGCGUCAAGUGAUCCAUUUCAUCCGACGUUCUUUCAUUUUCAAUCUGUUUCUAUUUGAUUUGAUUUUCGAAACAACUCCGGCCAAUUUCGUGAAUUCACUUAGCGAUUCGUUUCACUCGUGUUGAAAGUAACUGCUGUCGUCCCCUUACCAGAUGGUCGGUUUGAUCAACAUCGGCUGGUCGAUCCUGACCGGCCUGUUGCUGUUCCAGUCAUCACCGCACUGUUUAGCGGCCCGUCAAGAUGAGCAAUCGCAAUCCGGUUCUUCCCCGUUCAAAAGCCCGACCAUCGAGUACGAGCACUUCUUCAAUCACGGGACGACGGCCAACCCCAAGAGCAACAAGUUCAACAAAGAUGUCGGCGGCGGUGGUGGCGGCAAAUUGGAAAACGAAGUCCUCAAAUCCAAAGUGGAGGUCCUCGGCGAGGUCCUGAAACACCGCGUCCAAGCCCUCCGCCAUGUGCCCGGCCAGAAAGUCGAAUUAGUUUUCCUUGUCGACUCGUCCGCUUCGGUCGGCGCCGAAAAUUUCUUCAACGAAUUGAAAUUCGUCAAGAAAUUGUUGGCAGAUUUCACCGUCUCGGCCGAAGCGGCCCGCGUGGCCGUCGUCACCUUCUCUUCCAAGAACCGCGUCGUCCGCCACAUCGAUCACGUCAGUCCGCUCAGACAGACGGGGCACCGGGAGCUGGCCGCAAGCGGCGCCGGCGAUCCGAGGCACAAAUGCCGGCUGUUGGAACAGGAAUUGCCGGCCAUCGGAUACACCGGCGGUGGGACUUACACGCUGGGAGCCUUGCUAGAAGCCCAGUCGGUGCUGGACGAAGCUCGCCCAGAAGCGGUCAAGGCCGUUUUCUUGAUUACAGACGGCUAUUCCAAUGGGGGCGAUCCUCGUCCGGCCGCCAAACGACUUCGCGAGCAAGGAGUCCGCGUUUUCACGUUCGGAAUUCGCAACGGCAACGUCAAGGAGCUUUACGACAUGGCAUCGGAGCCGGCCCAAGAGCACUCGUAUAUCGUCGACAGUUUCGAGGAAUUCGAAGCGCUGGCCCGUCGGGCCCUUCACGAAGAUCUGCAAACGGGAUCUUACCUCCCCCAGCGCAACCGAUCCGCCUGCGACCGGCUCUGCAAGGAUCAAUUGGACUGUUGCCAUCCGUCGUCUCAGUGCACUUGCGGGACUCACACCGGGCACUACGCCUGUCUCUGCCCACCCGGCCACUACGGCACCGGACUCAAAGACGAUUGCCACCCUUGCCCUGGUGGGACAUACCGAAGCGACGGCGGCCCAGGCGACUUGAAAUCCUGCCGACCGUGUCCCGAUGAGAAUCACAUCUCUCCGGCCGGCAGUACGUCAGUUGAUCAGUGCCAAUGUCCUCGUGGUUACAUACCUUCCGAAGAAGAUGGCGGACGUACAUGUCAACUGCUGGCCUGCCCUAAACUGGACCCACCAGCCAACGGUUACUUUGUGAAACAGGCGUGCAACAGCGUCUUUAACGGGGCGUGCGGCAUCCGUUGCAACGGCGGUUACAAACUGAUCGGCUCCAGCAUCCGCUUGUGCCAAGAGAACGGCACCUGGUCCGGCGAGGAAGCCAUGUGUCAAAUGCGAAGCUGCGGUCCGGUUCCGGCCCCGAAAAACGGACGGAUCGAGUGCACGUCUGACAGUUACGUCAUCGACAGCGAGUGCACUUUCUCAUGCGACGUCGGUUUCACCCUGGUUGGUUCUCGAAAAAGGGUUUGUCUACCCAUUGGAUACUGGGAUGGCCUUCCCGCCUUUUGCAAACCCGUGUUUUGUAAUCCACUUCCGAAAGUGAUGAACGGGACUUGGACGCCAUCCAAAUGCCCGCAAGCAAAAAUGCGUUACGGAGAACAGUGUAACGCUACGUGCGCGACGGGCUUCGAGCUACGCGGGCCGGUAGUCCGUCGUUGCUCCGAACAAGGGGGCUGGACAGAAGAAGAAGUUAAAACGCGCUGCGUAGAUGUGACUCCGCCAGAAAUUACGUGCCCAGCAGACGCUAAUCUGGACGCGCUGGACGGAGAAAAUUUCGCCACCUAUUCGUGGGAUCCUCCUGUAGUUUCUGAUAAUUCAGGCACGCCACCGGACGUUACCAGCGUUCCAGCAGUGACGGAACAGCCGAUGCGCUUCCGGAUCGGCAACGCGACAGUCAUGUACAAAGCGCAGGAUCGACGCGGCAACCAGGCGGAAUGCAGUUUCCAGGUGUUUGUGACGGACAAUCAACCGCCAACGGUGGAUCAAUGCGAAUCGCCACCGACUUUCUUACUGCGCGACCGCAACGCCAGCGUCGUCUGGGACGAGCCCGUCUUUAGCGACAAUUCCGGACGGCCGCCGACGGUUGAGCGAUCGCACGAUCCGGGCCGUUUCCCUCUAGGAGAGACCCAAGUCGUUUACACCGCCACUGACGAAUCGGGGAAUAACAGCACCUGUACGUUGGUCAUCCGUGUCCAGGAGCACGCUUGUCACUUGCCCGUCGAUCCGAUUCAUGGACAGGCCAAUUGUUCCCAACAACCGGACGCUGUCUACUGUUCACUGACGUGUCACGACGGAUACGCUUUCGCUAUGCCACCACCUCGUAAUUAUUUCUGCGCUUAUGAUGGCCAGUGGUUGCCGGCCGACAGUCCGCUUCCCUUUCCCGAUUGUUCCGUAACUACCCACUCGGACGCGCUCAUCCAAGACGGCCUGUUGCGGCUGACCAACGUCGGCGACGGAUCGGAGGAGGACAAAAUAUGUCAGGACCCAUUUCUUAUGAGUCAAAUGGAAGGCCAUUUCAAGCGUCGUUUGGCCGCCCGUCUCAAUGAAAUCUGCGGGGAUAACAUGAUCUGUCAGGUGGACGAUCUGCAGGCCGAGUGUCGGCAACUGGUGGCCGAAUCGGACGGCACGGAAGACGAAGAUGCCGUAACGGAUUCCAUGGAUUGGGAGGAAACUAACGAAAUCACGAGGUCCAGAAGGUCUUUCAAAACAAGCGGCCGAAUUCGACGCAGUUUAAUGGGCUGGUCCGAAACACAGAGAUUCAAACGGAACGCAACGAGCAGUGGGGUUCACCCAGCAAAAGGCAAAACGGGCAAAAACAAGAAGAACAGCGGCACGACGUUAGAAUUGCGCUUUAAAGUUCUCAGUCGGUUUGCCCAGAAGUUGAACGGGACCGAUGGACCAUCGACGUCGAGACCGAUCCAGCCGUUAUCGCUGAAUUUAACGCCAGACAUGAUCCUCAGUGAGUUGAAUCAGCUGCGAGCCAUGUUAACAGAAUCGGCUCUGUCGGGCGAGUUCAACGUUAACUACACGGCCGGUCAGCUGUUGAACGUGUUCGACGUUCAAUUCCAAGGCGACGUCGAUCGACCCAAGUUCACUUGCCCGGCUGGAAGCAUUCCCGUCAAAGCCGACAACUCCACCAACGAUUUCGCGCGUUGCGUUUAUUGCCCCGUCGGCACAUUUUUCAACGUCGUCAACGAAGUGUGCGAGUCGUGCUCUCAAGGAUCUUAUCAACCCGAGGAAGGUCAGCUCUCUUGUUUAGUCUGUCCAAACAACACGUCAACUAAAGUGGUCAACGCCAAGCGUUCCGAUGAUUGUCAAGCUCAAUGUUUGGCCGGUAGCUAUUCGCCGACUGGACUCGAACCUUGCAGUACUUGCCCACAAGGAACGUACCAGACAGAGUAUUCCCAGCGGCAAUGUCUUCCUUGCCCGUCUGGUUCGACCACGUGGCGUCGAGGAUCACGCCGACUCGAAGAUUGCAAAUUCGUUUGUGCACGUGGUCUUGUUUCCGAAACGGGAUUAGCUCCCUGUUUCGCGUGCCCAGCUGGAUUCUAUCAACCACUUCAGGGACAGAAAUUUUGCAUCCGUUGCCCGCGGCGAGCGCCCUACACAUCUGGAAUGGCUGCUGUUAAUCGCAUGGAAUGCCUACGGGUCAAACCAAGUCUCGAAGGCAAUGACGUGAACGGAACGGAAGAAUUGCCGGAACCGGAAGCGACGGAAGAAUUCGAACAGGUGACCCUGUUGGAAGUCAACGAAUGUUUCUCCUUACCUUGCCAAAAUGGCGGCCAGUGCAGGACGUUGUUCUUUGGCUACGUGUGCGACUGUCCGGCCGGCUACACUGGAAUGCAAUGCCAAACGGACGUCGAUGAGUGUUCCUCUUCGCCCUGCCUGAACGGCGCCACUUGCGUGGACGGAGUGGACAGUUUUCAGUGCCAAUGUCCGACCGGCUUCACCGGCGACGUGUGUCAAACGGACAUCGACGAGUGUUUAAGUGGACCGUGUCACGAGGGAGCCACUUGCGUGGACAAAACCAUGGGCUAUACUUGCAUUUGCCCACCGGGCAUGGCCGGCCCUCAUUGCGAAUUAGAUGUGGACGAGUGUCUGAGUGGGCCGUGUCAAAACGGUGGCACUUGUUACGAUCGCUUGGCCAAUUAUACAUGCGUCUGUCAUCCGGGCUGGACGGGCAAAUUAUGCGAACAGGCCGUUGACGAGUGCCUAAGUCAGCCGUGUUUAAAUGGCGCCACUUGCGAAGACCUUGUCGGCCAUUUUGUCUGCCACUGUCCGACUGGAUACGACGGUCUGCUGUGCGACAACGAUGUCGACGAAUGCCAGCCGGAACCGUGCGCUUCGGGAAGUACGUGCAUCAAUCGUUUGGGAUCAUUUGCAUGUUUCUGCCCGCCCGGCGUUGUCGGAUCAACGUGCGACACGACGGUCAAUCCUGAAUUCAGCCUGGAAUUCACGAGCGCUGGCAAACUGGACUACGCCGUUUGGGAGGGCGGUUUGCGAACGCACUCCAAGCCGCUCGGUCAGCUGAGUUUGUGCGGCUGGAUCAAGACGACGGACCAGCAGAACUACGGCACCGUCUUCUCUUACGCCACGGAUGAAGAAGCCAAUUCUUUAACCCUUACCGAUUAUUCGGGAUUCGUCCUUUACGUCAACGGCGCUAAAGUUGUGACGGACGUGACGGCCAACGACGGACGGUGGCAUUUGAUUUGCGCCACGUGGUCGUCGUCACCCGACGGACAUUGGCGCAUUUACUCCGAUGGCGAACUCAGAGAUAGCGGAUUUGGACUGGCCACCAAUUCUACCAUCCCGCCAGAUGGCACUGUCAUCCUCGGUCAAGAGCAAGACGUCCGUUCCGGCGGGUUCAGCAACGCCGAAUCGUUCGUCGGUCUCCUGUACGGCGUCGAAUUGUGGGACUCGGUUCUUGAUGACCAACACAUCGCCAGGUUGACCCUCUCCUGUCAUCCCUCCGUCAACGAUUCCAGCCAGCACCGGGGCAAUUUAAUUACGUGGGCCGAUUUCAAGCACGGGUUACGGGGCGGCAUUCGCGUGGAAGAAUCGCUGUUUUGCCGCGGAUGUUCCGAUCCCAUUCCGCCGCGCAAUGGCGGAGUUAGCGUCCAAGGUAACGAGGCCGUGUACGUCUGCGAGCAAGGUCACGUGCUCACGACGCCAUCCCCGCGUCGGCCUUGCCUUGUCCACGGUGGGUGGUCGGGACCCGACCCGAAUUGUCAACGGGUCAGUUGCGGGUUCCCCGGGUACAUUCUGAACGGGUUGGUCAACGGAACGAACUACGUCUACGGCAACACGGUUUCUUAUAAUUGCACGAGAGGGUUUAGGCUGUCCGGUAGUGGAUUACGAACGUGCGAGGAAGACGGCCAGUGGAGCGGUUCUCCACCUGAAUGCAUUCCAGUCACUUGCGAACCGCCCGCGGCCCCGAUUAACGGUUCGCAGAUCGAACCAGAUGUUCAGGAUGUGUACGCCGUUGGGGAUAAAGUGUCUUUCCAAUGCGCGGCCGGCUUCCGGCUGGAUGGAUCGUCUUCUUUGACAUGCCAAGACGAAGGCCAGUGGGACGAUGUUUUCCCCGUUUGUCAGCCGCUGGCCUGCACCCGUCCGCCAUAUGUGGAACACGGCAUCGUCACAAACGGAGUAGCGGAGAUCCUACCGGAAGAUCUGCCGCAUUUCCUCGUUCCCGGAUCCAUUUUGACAUUUACUUGCCUCUUUGGCUAUCAACUUGAAUCUAAUGCCGAAGUUCAGUGCAGUCACGACGGCUAUUGGAUCGGACAAAUCCCCAAGUGCGUCCCGAUCGAAUGCGGAACACCGCCCGAGAUUUCCUACGCCGACGUCCAACUGUCACGCCCCAACAACAAUCGGGUCGGUUCAAUGGCCUCCUACGUCUGCCAACCGGGGUAUGAACAUUACGGCCCCACCGAGCUUGAAUGCACAGAGAGUGGCACUUGGUUAGACCGUACUAAACAAGCCACUUUGCCCGUCUGUAUGGUGGUCGACUGCGGCCCGUUGCCGACCAUCAACAAUGGCGCUGUCUACGCGGAAGAACAGACAUUCGGAAGCAAAGCUCCAGUUAAUUGCUAUUCCGGCUACAAAUUAAUCGGAAAUUCUAGUUGGAUCGAAUGUGGUGCCGACUAUCGAUGGACUAUUCCGCCUCAAUGUUUGCCCAUCGCUUGCGCUGAGGCACCGCUCGUUCGUAACGGUACUCAAUCAGCUGUUGAACCAUUCGUGGCUGGAGAAGAGGUAAAUUACAAGUGCCAGGAAGGAUUCAGUUCGUCCACGACUUCAUCGGACGUGCUGACGUGCUUGGAAGAUGGCUCGUGGAUGGGCACCGUUCCAGAAUGUUUACCUGAACAAUGCCCGUCUCCGGAUUCAAUUGAUAACGGCUCUUGGGUGUACACAUCCGCUGCCGAAGGUGAACACGUCAACUACGAUCAAACUGUGUUUUACACGGGCGCCGAAGUGCUUUAUUCUUGUACAAAUGGAUUCGUCCUGGAAGGUGGAUCGCGUCGAAGAUGCGCUGGAUUGAUCGGAUGGUUACCUCAAGGGCUACCCUCUUGCCUUAGUCAGGGGUCACUUUCAGGAAUUACUUGCCCCGCUCUGGACAAUCCAGACCACGGAACGAUUGUGGUCGAGGGUUUCGAACCGGGUCAACUUGCCCACUACGAAUGCGACACGGGUUUCCAUCCGACUGCCGGACCGGCCAAUUUAGUUUGCAACUCGGACGGGACUUGGAGCGUCAACGACAUUGAAUCGGAUACGAGAGAAGCGUUCCGUUGCGAGGAAGUCGUCUGCAGUGAACCGGAAGCGCCGGUUAACGGAUCGGUCAGUUACACAUCCACCAAUUUCGGCUCGAAAGUCAUUUUCCGCUGCGAUCAAGGAUUCGUCCUCAACGGAUCGCAGCAGAGGACGUGCGGCAGCGAAGGCGAUUGGAUCGGUGGCACACGGCCUCGUUGCGUUGCCCGCACGUGUUCAAUGCCGGACAUCAUCGAACACGGAUACAUUGGCUUCGAAGUCGGUGGAUCAGCUACAAGUCUCAACACCGGAUCUGUCAUACUCUACGACUGCGAGGAAGGAUAUAAAUUGGUGGGUGUACGUGAACGUUCCUGUUUAGCCACCGGUGAUUGGACGGAUCAAGAGCCGUCGUGUCAUCAGAUAUUCUGCAAUCGUUUAUCCGCCGUGCUGGAACAUGGUACGGUGACGGGAGCCGAAGAACACGUCUACGGUUCAGUUGUUCAGUUCGCCUGCGAUCCUGGAUACGAAUUAGAUGGGCCGGACCGAUUGACCUGCGAAGACGACGAGAACUGGAACGGCAUCCCGCCAACUUGCCGGCCGGUGGAAUGCCCCAAUCCGGGCCUCGUUGCCAACGUCAUGGUCUCUUUACAGCAAGCGAAUGCUGAGCUCGAUGCGUAUGUUUAUCAUUUUGGGGAUGUUUUGGUGUACACAUGUCGUAAAGGCUACGCAGUUACAAAACCGACAACAGGUGGCGCUGUUGUCGAAAGGCGCUGUCUUGCCGACGGUUCUUGGUCUUCGAAACCGCCUGUCUGCUCAAGAGCUAUCUGCCCAACGGCUACUAUUCCUCAGCACGGAUUCACCUCACGUCCCGUUCCCAGUGAGAUGGGAUCCGUCAGUGAGACGGAACAAGGUGCCAUAGUUGGUGAAAUCAUCCAAUACGGUUGCAAGAAAGGCUAUCAAUUGACCAAAGAUGGUCCUAAAUCGGCCAAGUGUCUCGAGACGGGCAAGUGGAACGUUACGGAGCCACCUACGUGCCAGCUGGUGCAGUGUCCUCAACCACCGACCGUCAGAAAUGGGAAACUGAACGGCAACGAGAUGAAAGAAUAUUCAUAUUUGGAUCAAGUGGAGUACGUCUGCGAUUUUGGAUUUCGAAUGACAGGCGAAGGUCGACUCACUUGCAGUUCAUUGGGAGAUUGGGGAGAUCAAACGCCGACUUGCAUCAGAGCCGUUUGUACGAUUGUUGACAUACCGAAAGACGUUAUCGCCACACCUGUUUAUCCAGUGCAGGAUGAAUUAAAAACGAGCCGCCAACAGAAUCCGUUCGCCAUGAAAUUCGCCUGCCAGCAUGGAUUCGAUUUAGUGGGUAGUGCGUUGAGUGAAUGCACGUCGACGGGAGAAUGGAAUCAUCCCCCUCCGGCCUGCGUUCCAUGGCCGUGUAAAUCUCCUCCAGUUCCCUUGAACGGCCAAAUCCAAGCAACAGAAAUACGGCCGGAUAUGAUCGUCGCUCUCGUACGCUGUGAUCCAGGCUUCCAGUUAAUCGGCAAUGAUUUGAUGUGUGGACCAUCUGGCGUCUGGAAAGGGAAGCCACAAUGUCAGCCGCAGCUGUGCGUCCUUCCGAAACAACUCAAAAUGGAAUUAGAAUUGUCUGUCGGAUUGAUUUUCACCGAGCCAUUAAAAGACACGUACCGGUACAGCGAAAAAGUCCAGUUUGGCUGCCAGAUGGGGUACACGCUCGACCAAUCGCAAACGUCCACGUUUUCCUGCGGCGAAAACGGAGAAUGGGAUGAACAGAAAAUUCCAACGUGCAGCCCAAUCCAUUGUUCCGAUGUUCAAAUUCCGCAAUAUGGAUCUGUGAGCGAAACGAGUUCGCUGCUUGAUAGCCGCAUCACGUUCAGCUGCCAAGAAGGAUAUCAACUGGAAGGAGAAGAGCAAAUUACUUGUCUUCCUGACGGCACUUGGUCCAGUCCAAUGCCUAUUUGCGUUGCCCGAUCGUGCGCGGAGCCUCCGAGCAUCGAGAACGGUUGGAUGGCCGUCCGCGGGACUGGAGUCAACGAUACGGUCUCUUAUUCUUGCCAACCUGGAUAUCGUCUGUCUGGUGGUGAUUCUAGAACAUGUUUGAGCAAUGGUUUGUGGUCAGGGGAAGAUCUGGCAUGUGAUCCUGUCGUUUGUGCAGUACCCGAAGCCCCGGAGCAUGGAACUUGGACUGUCGGUGGAUUUAUUCCAGGCUCAACGAUUCGUUUUGAAUGUUUACCAGGAUUUACGUUAAUUGGUUCUGCAACGAUAACCUGCCUGACGGACAAAUCGUGGAGCGAUCAACCGCCUAAUUGCCAACAGAUUACAUGCCCCUCUCUGAGAGACCCAGAUCAUGGAACUGUCCAGUUGACUCAUUGGGUUUCAGAUAAUCAAGAAAUGAAUAACGAAAUCAAUCCGCGACUCACUGCAGGUUACCGUUCGACGGCCCAUUAUACAUGUGACCGUGGAUAUCAGCUGUUUGGUCCAGAGCGACGAAUGUGCACAGAGCAAGGGAAAUGGAGCGAAAGGGGUCCACAAUGUCAAAGAGUUUGGUGUCCUGAACCUCAAGCACCGACACAAGGAUUCGUGAUGGGAACUGGGCGGCAGUUUGGAGACAGGGUUCGUUAUGCUUGCAGUGCGGGUUAUCGGUUAAUCGGGGCUGAUGAAUCUACUUGUCUGGCUGACGGAAUCUGGUCAGCUCAACCACCGCAAUGUGAAGCCCUGACUUGCGACGCACCUCCUCCCGCCGUUCACCACACGAUGAAUCUUACGUCCGAAAAACGAAUCGCUGGAACUCAGCUGAUACUCCGUUGCCAAGAAGGCUACACGCCGGUCGGUGAUUUGACGCUCCACUGUUUACCCAAUCAGCAAUGGUCCACAGUUAAAGGCCAUUGUAAAAAAGUGCAUUGUAGUCGUCCAGUUGUCAAAGGCACUACCUCAAUGGCUGUCAUCAGUGGAUCAGGAACCGUAGCAACAGGUGGACAGUUUCAUUUCGGCGAUCGGAUCCUCAUCACUUGUCAGCACGGUCGUGCUGUAAAAACGAAUAGCGCCAUAUUAGUUUGUCAGGCAGAUGGCCUAUGGUCAGGCUCGCCACCCGUGUGUGACACUCACUGCGAUACAAUUUGCCUAAACGGCGGUUCGUGUACACCAAACAGUCGGAAAUGUUCUUGUCCUCCCGGAUAUAGCGGAGAUCGUUGUCAACACGCUCAUUGCAUUUUGCCUUGCUUGCAUGGAGGCACGUGUAUUGCGCCCUAUCGUUGUGCAUGCCGGGCUGGACGCACAGGAGAACGAUGCCAAACGCCUGUCUGUGACCAGCCGUGCUUGAAUGGUGGCCGCUGCGUCUCACCUAACAUUUGCCAAUGUCCCCAUGGAACCGUAGGUUCUACAUGCCGUAAACGGAGUGAUACGUUAUUUUCUUCACGAGGCUAAAGCACCAACGCUCUCUAAUUGGUCUUCCCAAUCAUCAAGCUUCCUUGUUUCGUGGCAAAUAUAAGCCGUAGAUCGAAUGUAGAAAACUUAUUUGUUGCGUUUAACUAUAACAUCGGUCAUCUGAAUUAAAACCGUUUCUCAUCAAGAUAUGACAUUAUGAAAUACACUAAAUAUAGUACAUUUU